AGCAUUGGACUUCCCUUCACUAAGAAGCAGACAUAGAGAUGCUCCUCGCAUUUCUUCUUUGCCACUCGUUCCCUUCCCAUUUAAUAACUCCUCCCUCUCACUUUUCCCUUUGGUUCUUUCCAUCUCUCUGGUAAGAAUCCACUCUCGUUUUGCUUCAUUUCAAUUCUUCGAGAGAUACAUACCUACGCACAUAUUUGCACUUCCAAUUGCAUGCAUUGUCUUCUCCCUCUUUCAUUUUAAACAUGUCAAUUACCGAGUAUGCUUUGAGUUCAAUUCCCAAGGAACCGGUCAAUUGGGAAAGCCAACUGGGACAUGUCCCUGUGGAUCCAAUUCUUAUAUAUCUCACGGUGGAUGGUGUUGUCACCCCAAUCCGGGUCUUGGAGUCUGAUUCCAUCGCUUCCGUCAAGAUGAGGAUUCAGACCUGCAAAGGCUUUGUGGUCAAGAACCAGAAGCUUGUCUACAGUGGCAGAGAGCUUGCGCGCAACGAUACACUUAUCAAGGAUUAUGGUGUUACUGAUGGUAAUGUUCUUCAUUUGGUUCUUCGUCUCUCCGAUCUUCUCUUCAUCGUUGUCAAAACCAUUAGUGGCAAAGAAUUUCGAUUCCAUAUUGAUGGGCAUAGAAAUGUUGGAUACCUUAAGCAACGAAUAAAAAACAAAGGAGAAGAAGGUUUGGUCGAUUUUGAUGAUCAAGAUAUUUUUUGCAAUAAUGAGAAGCUUGAUGAUCAGAGACUCUUUCAUGAGUUAUGCAAAAAUGAUGGCAAUGUUAUUCAUUUGAUAAUAAAAAAAUCAGCUAAGAUUAGGACUACACCAGUUUGCAAAGAUUUAAAACUUUUGGUUGAGGCAGGUGAAUUCAAACAAGCGGAAGAGCAGUCAAUUGAGGUGCCAAAGAUACCAGCUGGUGUUAGUUUUUGGCUAGAACCAGUUAUUGUGAAUCCAAAGAUGGAUCUUUUUCCUUACCUAUGGGAUUUGAUCAACACGACAUACGAAGGUUUGAAGAGAGGAAAUAGCCCUAUUAGGUCCUUGGAGGGAACAGGAGGUACUUACUUGAUGCAAGAUUCAACAGGACACCAAUAUGUUUCAGUAUUCAAGCCCAUGGAUGAGGAGCCAAUGGCUGUCAACAACCCAAGAGGGCUACCUUGUUCAUCCAAUAAUGAAGGCCUCAAAAGAGGGACAAAGGUAGGGGAAGGAGCUUUGAGGGAAGUUGCAGCUUACAUAUUGGAUCAUCCAAGGAAUGGGUCGCGCCUUAUGACAGGCGAAGCCAUAGGCUUUGCCGGUGUUCCCCCUACCGUUAUUGUCCAAUGCUUGCAUAAAGAAUUUCACCAUCCAAAUGGGUUUGCUUGCUCAUUGAAGCAUGUCAAGAUUGGAUCCUUACAGAAGUUCAUGACUAAUGAUGGCAAUUGUGAGGACAUUGGACCAAGGGCCUUUCCUGUGGAGGAGGUGCAUAAAAUUACUGUGCUCGACAUAAGGUUGGCCAAUACAGAUAGACAUGCUGGAAAUAUAUUGAUCAGAAAAGAAGCUGAUGGUCAAAUUAAGCUCAUUCCUAUUGAUCAUGGCUACUGUCUACCAGCCAAAUUUGAAGAUUGCACCUUUGAUUGGCUUUAUUGGCCGCAAGCACGUCAGCCUUACUCUCCUGAUGCAAUUGAAUAUAUAAACUCUUUGGAUGCAGAAAAAGAUAUAGAGCUUUUGAAAUAUUAUGGAUGGGAUAUGCCGAUUGAAUAUGCCAGAACACUUCGAAUUUCCACAAUGUUGCUUAAGAAAGGUGUUCAAAGAGGUCUUACUCCCUUCGAUAUUGGAAGCAUUAUGUGCCGAGAAAAUCUGAACAAGGAAUCUGUAAUUGAGGAGACCAUUCGCCAAGCUCAGGAUUCCUUGCUUCCUGGCAUGGAUGAAUCCGCAUUUCUUAAAACUAUCUCUGAGAUCAUGGAUUCCCGCCUUGAAAAGCUUGCAAACCACUAGUUAGGCUCUCUAUAGGUACAUGUAUUCAGUGAAUGAAUUUAAUAGUCCAUUUCAUGAUGGACUUCAAGCAUCAACUUCAAGUUAUAUAAAUAUGAUGAUGACUUUGUGUGUAUUCUAGAACGUAGGCCUGAAUCUCUUGUUUGUACCUCACACUUCUCUGAACUAUUUUUUA